UGACAUUUGUUUUGGAAAGUACAAAGGACGGACUACGAAAGACGACGAUAUAUAAUUUUUUCUCUCCAUUCGAUUCAUUCAAAAAGAAAAAAGAACAUUUUUUAAAUUGAAUUGGAAAAAAUGUCUUAAGUUUUUCUUCCACAACUCCAAACAUCCCACUAAGUGAAUUCCUUUGCCCUUCGAUUCCAAAAUGCACGCCUGAAAUAAAACAAAAAUACAAAAUAAUAAAAAAACAAAGUCAAAACCAAAGCUAUAUCAAAAUCAAAAACUAAAGCGAAACAUGCUACUCCUUAAAGUUCUUCGCAUAUUAUGCAAAAAUAUCUAAAAAAUCCAGCAACGUACGCAGGAGAAUCAAGAAAAAUUAAACCAAAAACUGGUGGUGGUGAAGGUGGUGGUGGAGAAGUAACCAAAAGUAAUAUAUUUAACGAUGAUUAAGCUCGAAACUGACUCAGACAGCUCGGAGGAAUUCUUCGAUGCUGAAGACUCCCAAACCCCAAAUCGAUUAUCAAGCAAAAAGUCGCCACCCGAAACGAGCAAAAAUGAAGAACAAUUCAUUUUUCCGGAGCCCGCAGUGAAAAUCAACAAUAGCGAUGAUGAGUCGACUCCUGUCGGCGGUGGAACACCCUCCACCAUAAGUCCGUCGACAAGUCUCAAUGCCAGAUACACUAAGCAGGAUGUUUUUGUCGAACCCAAACCCUUGGGCAUGUAUGGUAGACAACGCUUUCGCGAACUGCGACAAUGCAUGCAAAAUGAUGAAGAUGAGAAUCCUGGCAAUACACCGACACCUGAUUCUCAGAAUAGUUCCACUGAGGGUGUAUUUACGAACCGUCCUACCCAUCCGUUCCGCAUUAUUGAAAACGAUGCUAUCAGUAUCCAAAGCAUGACUUCCUUGGGACGGGUGGGCAGAAUUCUAGCUGGGAGCAUUGAUCCCUCGGCAAUUAGUAUAGAUCGCGAAUCGAUACAAAACUCCAUUUCCUCUAACUCGCAGCAAGCACAAAAUCCUAUUCCAUCGUUGACAGCGAGUGCGACCAAUUCGCAGUCAACAACACCGGACACGCAUACUGCUUCCAGUCGUAGUGAUAACGACACAAAGUCCCAAUCCCAAUCGCAGUCACAGUCCCAAUCCCAGUCGCUGGUUAGUGGAUUGGUGGUAAAAGAGAAGCGACAAGCAGUCAUGGAAUCCUCUGAAUCCGAAUCGCAACAACAACAUCAACAAUCGCAAACCAAUAAAAUUAUCCUUCAGGAACCUGAUGUCAUUGCCAGCACUAAAUUGGCUCACUCAAAAACAACUGACAGUAUUACAUCAAGCGGUCCCAUCGCUCCACCCCGAAGAAAGAAGAAAUCGAGGAAAAUAUCCUCCAGCUCGUCGGAACAAUUCAAUAUGAACGAAGGCCUUCGUUUGCCGCCAGCGGACGAUGACGACGAUACAAUAUCGAUAAAGAGCGUCAAAGACGUUCAAAAACUCCGCGAGGACAUAGUCAAGGCGAUUGAGAAUUCUUGGAACGAAAACUCAUCGGUUACUACAGCGGCCAGCAAUAGCCGACCCGUCACAACGACUGCUGUUGGUGGAACGAUAAAUAGAAUUUCGCACUCGCUGGGCAACAGUUCGACAUCGGUCUAUUCGAAACCAUCGCCUUCGAAUAGUGCCAAGAGUAAUUCGGCGCCUGGUCGCGUUAGGUACUUUUCUAAAUAUUUUAUGAAAUUGUCGUUUCAUGCCCUGCCACGGAAUAGCUCAAUUGAUCCUAGUCAAGGACUGAAUCUCUAUAAAGCUACUCAGGGUGGAUAUGUUGUGAAGCCGCGUGAUGAGGCAUCAAAUAAAGCCGAAGGACCCACACAAGAGGAAAUCGAUAGAAUUGAGAAGAUUUUAAUGGAAAAUCUACCCAGGGCUAAACUAGCUGGAACUGGAUCUAAUAGUCUAGGAAGUGCAACAAGAUACCCAUCACUCAUCUAUAGAUCUAGCAGCGAAAAGGAACGCCGCAAGUCAGCCGGUGAUGAGGAUGUUUUAAAGCAAAUGAACAUCUAUGUCCGUACUCGCACAGAUUCUGGUAAACAAUUAACAGAUUUUGAAAUCCUGGAACAAGUUCCUGUUAAAAAUUUGGAUACAGGAGAGAAUAUGCCUUUAUCCUCAGUAAAACCACCACCCGUCCCUGAAGGCUGGAAUCCGCUCUCAUUGCACAUUCUAAAACUAACCAGCCAUCUGGAGGCAAUGCAGAAGGAAUCGGACGAGGAGAGUGUUAUUGGAAUUCCGGCUAGCAGUGAAGUGGCCCCCGACGAAGAGGAAUGCGAAACAGAGGAUGGUAAUCGAUUGAAGAAGAAAACUGCCAAGAUCAAGCGGUUCUUUGGUUCAACAAUGCGUAAGACUGUCGAUAAGGCAAAGUCACUGGCUUCGGAGGUGUCUCACGCACGUCACAAAGAAGAUGUCGCCGAUAUCGAAGAUGCUGUCAACCCGGAGAUAAAUAUUAAAAUAAAGGCAUCUAGUACGAAUAAGGGUCCGUAUGAAUUUACAAAGUUACAGCACGUUCAGGAUUUGUCUGGAGAACAUACCGGUGCGGUUUGGUGCAUGAAAUUUAGCUCGUGUGGGCGCCUUUUAGCAACUGCUGGUCAGGAUAAGGUGCUUCGCAUUUGGGUACUUAAAGACGCUCACCCUUUUUUCCAAGAUAUGCGAACAAAAUAUAACGCAGAUCAAAAGUCUUCACCUACUCCGUCUCAAGAGUCUUUGGUGUCACAACACUCGGCCGAAGACGCAAUCGCAGCGGCCAAGGAGGCUGAAAAAUGCCCCGGGCCUUUCAUGCCAAAAGCAUUUUGCUCCUACAUCGGGCACACAUCCGAUCUUUUGGAUGUCUCCUGGUCAAAGAAUUACUUCAUUCUAUCGAGUUCCAUGGAUAAAACAGUUCGUUUGUGGCACAUCUCGCGCAAGGAGUGCCUCUGUUGUUUCCAGCACAUUGAUUUCGUAACGGCGAUUGCCUUCCAUCCCCGUGACGAUCGAUACUUUUUGAGUGGCAGUUUGGAUGGCAAGCUGCGACUAUGGAAUAUUCCCGACAAGAAGGUCGCCCUCUGGAACGAGGUCGAUGGCCAAACGAAGUUGAUAACGGCUGCCAACUUCUGCCAGAAUGGUCAAUUCGCGGUGGUGGGAUCCUACGAUGGCCGAUGCAUUUUCUACAACACCGAUCAGUUGAAAUACCACACCCAGAUCCAUGUGCGAUCGACCCGUGGUAAGAAUCGCAUCGGGCGAAAGAUUAGCGGUAUUGAGCCCAUGCCAGGCGAGGAUAAGAUCCUGGUGACUUCGAAUGACAGUCGAGUGCGAUUGUACGAUUUGCGUGAUCUUAACUUGAGUUGCAAAUACAAGGGCUAUGUAAAUGUUUCGUCGCAAAUCAAGGCGUCCUUCAGCCAUGAUGGCAAGUACAUUGUGGCCGGGUCGGAGAACCAAUGCAUUUACAUUUGGAAGACAAACCACGAUUACUCAAAACUCAGUUCGGUUCGACGAGAUCGCAGUGACUUUUGGGAGGGCAUAAAAGCUCACAAUGCAACGGUGAAUUGUGCAAUAUUCGCUCCUCAUCCAGAGGCCAUCAUCAAACCAGAACCUGAUGAGAUUUCUUACGAAAAGACUCAAAACAAUCAACCGGAUCCUUUGGUUGAACAACGAAAGAAAGGUUGUGGCUAUGUUCUGGUCAGUGCUGAUUUCAAUGGAGCCAUCAAAGUGUUUAUCAAUAAAACCAAACCAAAACACAGCAGUCUACCAUAUACAGCAAUCGCUGACUAAAGAUCACCGACUAAUUUUAUAAAUGUUAACUUUAAUGAAACGUGUUUGCAAAUAACAAAAGAAAAAAACAAAUUUAUUAAUUUUAUUGAUUGAUUCUCAAUAAAACUACAUUGGCUUUGACCGUUCUUUAGAGUAAAAUCCAAUCUAAACGUUAUAAAUAUUUCGCAUCUUUUAGUUCAUUAAAAUAGAAAUAAAAACAAAAACAACAACAACAAAUAAAGAAAA